AUUUUUUGAUGUUAUUUUUAUUGACGAGAAAACUUUUCUUUUUUGCGCGUUCAAAUCGCGUUCUUGCCUUUUCGCAAUUGUGUAUUUCCUUUCUUCUUCUUUUCACAGGUAAUUAUUUUGUAUUUCUUUUCUCCAAACUUCAAAUUCAGCCAUGGGAAUCAAAGGACUCAAGCAGGUUAUUGCCGACCGUGCACCGCUGGCGCUCCGCUCGGUUGAAAUGAAGCAUCUCGUGGGGCGCAAGGUGGCGAUUGAUGCGUCGACGUCGCUCUACCAGUUCCUUGUCGCUGUGCGUAAUGAGGGUCAGAACCUGACAACAGCGGACGGCAGCACAACAAGUCACUUGAUCGGACUUUUAUACCGCACAGUCAACAUGGUGGAGACAGGCUUGAAACCCUUAUACGUGUUUGACGGAAAGCCACCAACAAUGAAGGGUGGGGAGCUGGCCAAGCGAAAGGAGAAAAGGGAUUUGGCACAGGAGAGUUUGAAGGUUGCCGAGGAGGAGGGCAACGCUGACGAGAUGCUUAAGCAGAUGAAGCGGUUGACAAAGGUGACACCCGAGAUCAACGAGCAGGCCAAGCGGUUGCUCACGCUCAUGGGUAUUCCACACACGACGGCGCCAUGCGAAGCUGAGGCUGAGUGCGCAGCCCUGGCCAAGGCAGGCAAGGUGUGGGCGGCGGCCUCGCAGGAUAUGGACACCCUGCUGUUUGGCGCACCCGUGCUGCUGCGCAAUCUGACUGCACCCGCAGCCCGCAAGCUGCCUAUUGAGGAGAUCCGCCUGGACGAAGUCCUGAAGGGCCUUGACUUUUCGCUGGACCAGCUCAUCGAUAUGGGGAUCCUGCUAGGCUGCGACUACUGUGACUCGAUCCGCGGUGUCGGCCCAAAGUCUGGGUACGAGUAUAUUCGCGAACACAAGACCAUCGAAGAGACAAUCAAGGUUGACAAGGUGGCCAAGGGCGUGCCUGAGGACUGGCCCUUCGAGGGUGCUCGCGGGUUGUUCACUCAGGCAGACGUGUCCGAUUGUUCGGCCGAUUUUGUCUGGGAGAAGCCCAAUACCGAGGGCCUGGUGCAGUUCCUCGUGCACGAGAUGGAGUUCAAUGAGCAGCGCGUGCGCUCGGCUGCCGCCAAGCUGGAAAAGGCCGUCGGCAAGGGCCAGCAGGUGCGCAUUGACUCCUUCUUCAAGGUCACUGCCAAGCGCGCGACUCCGAUGAAGCCCGCUGCAACCGCUGCCACUACAAAAGACGCUGCCAAGCGCAAGGGCUCAGCGGCUGCCAGCACUGCCAAAAAGGCGCGCAAGUAAAUAAGUAAAACAAGUUUCUAUUAUUAUAUACAUGACAUUGCAUCUCGCGGUCUGUGCCAAACAUCCGAAACUCGCAAUUUCCAAAAGGCGACUUGCUGGUGUGUGCGUUUACGCACGUGUACAGCUUUAUUAGCUAGCACUUUUUUUUAGCGCUGGG